AUGCAAGCCGUGGACGAGCUCCUGACCAUCGUCAUGGUUACGUCGCCGGUGCCUUCCAACCCAUCGACUGAGAUGCUCGAGCAUGUGCUGUCCUCCUGCACGACGGCAGGCGGUUUCAACACGUGCCCGACGAUUGUGGUUUCGGACGGCUACAGGGUUGCAUCUGCCGGGCAACGCCCAAAACCCAAAGCCGGAAGAGUGGCACCGGACUGGGAGGAGCCUUAUGAAGAGUUCAGGCACAAGCUGGACAACGUGGACUCCACUGCCUCCAGUGCCCUGUCUGGGGUCCAACACAUUCGUGUUUUGGAGCACAAGGGAUUCGCGGGAUGCUUGCACAUCGCUCUGCGGCAGGUUCGGACGCCUUUCGUGUUGGUGCUGCAACACGAUCGUCCGUGCCUUCGUCCUUUCGAUGGUGCAGGCCUGCUCGCGGCAAUGCUGGGGUGCUCCCAGCUGAAGUACGUGGGCCUGCCCACCAAGGCGAGUCUGGCGAGGACGGAGCCCGCGCACCUGGCCAGCAACUGGCACCUCCAGCCAGAGGUCUGGGAUGCUGCCGAUGGCUCCUUCAAGUUGCGGCCGCUCUGCCUGUGGUACGACUCAGCACACAUCUGUCGCCUGGAUCACUACAGGGACUUCGUGUUUCGCAAGGGCCGUGACUGGAGCGGCGGGUUUCCGGAAGAUUCCUUCGGCCAGGACAUGCAGCAGGAACUGCGUUCCGCGGCUGCAGAGGGGCGCUGGAAAGAGGUGCACGAUACCUUCGGCACAUACUUGUACGAUGACGGCGGUGGUCCUGUGGUUGGACAUCUGAACGGUCGCAGGUUUCGCUUGGACGAGCCCGGCACCUCGUUGAGACGGAAGUUCGCGACGACUUCGGAGGUCAAAUAA